GAUCCGAAUCACAUCCGUCCCCCGCAUCCAAAAAUGGCGAUGGCAAUAGGGAUGAAGAGCAUCACGGGCGACGCGCACUUCUUCGAGGAGAGCAUGAACCUGGACCGUAUCCGCAAGCUCCUGGACAACAAACUGGGUGUCGCAGGCCACAGCGAGAAGCUGGAGGCCAUGAAGGCCUUACUGGCCAGCAUCUCCAAGGGCGAAGACGUGUCUCCGUUCUUCGCCGACGUGGUGAAGAACGUGAUCGUGGCCAGUGUGGAAGUCAAGAAGCUCGUGUACAUGUACUUGGUCCAUUAUGCAGACGCCAACGCGCAGUGCCGCGAGCUGGCGUUGCUCAGUAUCAACAGCUUCCAGAAGGACCUGGCGGACCCUAAUCAGCUCAUUAGAGCGCUGGCGUUACGGGUCAUGACCAGUAUCCGGGUCCGUGACAUCGUCCAGAUCCAGCUCAUCGCUAUCCGCAAAUGCGCGGCCGAUGACUCCGCUUAUGUCCGGAAAUGCGCCACAAAUGCCAUAAGUAAAGUGUUUGUGUUGGAUCCAGAGCAGAAGGACGUUCUGGCUGAGAUUAUUGGGGAAUUGCUCAAUGAUUCCAGCACAAUGGUGCUUGGGAGUGCCGUACAGGCUCUUAAUGAGGUCUGUCCGGACAGAUUGGACCUACUUCAUCGUCCGUUUAGGAAACUCUGCCACUUGUUGGCCGAUAUCGACGAAUGGGGACAAACGGUGACGCUGCAUGUGUUGAUUCGGUACUGUCGAGAGCAGUUCCAAGCUCCUGUACAAGAGAAGAAGGAGAUGUUCCCUAAAAGGAAGAGUAAAAAGGGGUUUUAUUCCGAUGAAGGCAGUGGAUCAGACGAUGACGAGAAGCAGAAAUUGAUGAAGAACCAGUCGCCGUUUCUACUAGGAGGGAGCGCCAUGCCCUCUGUUGGCUCGGUGUUUCGUAGUGACGCACUGGCCAGCGGUAUCGGGGGAGGAGAAGAGCUGGAUGAAGACCAUCGACUGCUGCUACGCUCGUCUAUUCCUUUGCUCAAGUCGAGGAACAGCGCUGUGGUGCUGGCUGUGGCCACGCUGCAUUAUUACUGUGGCACACACAGCAUGGCCACGUCCACGUUGAUCGGCAAGUCGCUCGUGCGGAUCAUGCGCAACCAGCGUGAGAUCCAGUACGUCGUGCUGUCGGUCAUUUCGUCCAUGUCCACGUCUCGUCCAGACAUGUUUCGACCCUUUUUGCAAGAGUUUUUCGUGCGUGCGACGGAUCCUGCCUACGCACGGAAGCUCAAGCUGGAGAUCUUGACCUCACUGGUCACGAACGACAAUGUCAGUAUCAUUUUACGCGAGUUCCAGGCCUAUGUGCGUCAUGUGGACAAGUCGUUCGUCACGAUGACUGUGCGUGCUCUUGGUCGUGUGGCUGACGCCAUGCCGUCUGUAGCGGAGCGCUGCUUGAGCGGCUUGAUGCGUCUGGUACGCUCUUCAAACGACCAGGUCGUCGCUGAGAGCGUGGUGGUGAUCCGCCAGUUACUUCAGCAGCAGGCUAUUAAGAAGGACCGCCUUCUAGUUGUGCGCUCUUUGGCUGCUAUGAUGGUCACUGGCCGCGUGACGAGUCCGUCGGCUCGCGCUUCGAUCGUGUGGAUGCUGGGCGAGUUCAACGACGACGGCAACGGAACGACGUGUGCCGCUGAGUCGCUUCGUCUGCUGGUUAAGGACUUUUCGGACGAAUCGACAGAAGUGCGGCUUCAACUGCUGAAUCUGGCGGUCAAACUCGGACUUCGAGAGCCCCAGAAACGCACGAUCCAGCUGCUGCUCCAGUACGUGAUUGAGCUGUGCAAGUUCGACAUCGACUACGACGUCCGAGACCGAGCGCGUCUGGUUCGUGCUGCGCUCUCGGGAGACGCGAGUGUCGUGAACCCGCACAAGUUGUUUGCUAGCAAGAAACCGGCGCCACUGAUUGGCUAUGACGACGAGACCAAGACGCGCUUCACACUCGGAUCGCUGUCCAAUGUGGUGCGUCAUAGUGUUCCUGGAUACCUCACGUUGCCAGAGUGGCGCUCGACCAAGCCGGACCGUUCGCUGCGUGAUGAGUCGUCGUUUGUCGACACAAACCGCAGCAGUUCUUCGCGUCAGGGCACCAAGACGACGAAGAAGAAGGAGAGCGGCUCCAAGGGCUUUUACAGCGACGAAAGUUCCGGAUCCGAGUCAGAAUCGGAAUCGGAAUCCGGAUCGGAAUCCGAAAGCGGCUCGGAAUACUCUGAAAGUGGCAGUAGUGACGCUAGUGGAUCCGAAUCGGCUUCUUCUAGUUCUGGUUCAGAGAGCGAGGCUUCGUCAUCUGAAGAAAGCGAGUCCGAGGAAUCAUCCGAGGAGGAAGAGCACUCACGUCGACGUCACAAGAGCAAGAUGAAGUCGCCGCCGCAGCCAAAGAAGACGAAGCCAGCCAAUGCAUUUGAUCCGCUGGAUCUCUUGGGUUCUCCUGCUAUGGCUCCAGCCAACACUCAGCCCAUGCAAACCUUCACUCCCAUGGCUCCGUCGAGCAAUCUUCUGGGUGACUUGAUGAGUCUCAGCGUUUCUUCGUCGACCACGCCACCUCCGCGUCACGAACUGUUGUCGUCGCUGGCUGGGAACGGGCUGGACGUCCACUACGCGUUCCUCCGCCAGCCGUCGACCCACUCUCCUGGUAUGAAUGUGAUCCAGUUGUGGCUGGCCAACAACUCGAACGAGCCCAUUUCUCGCGUCCAAGUCGUCGGCACGAACCCGCAGCAGGUUGUGUCGUUCCCGGAGCUGCCUGUGUUGUUCCCUGGCGGCUCGACUUCUAUGGCUCAGCUUCAAGUGGAUUUCCAGGGACGGGUGGACAAUAUUCCGCUUGAGAUUAUCACAAGUGCAGACAAGUACGAGGUGGAUCUCUCUCCUAUUGUUGGAGAAUUGUUUGUGCCUCAGCAGAUGAAUCUGGAGGACUUUGAGCGUCGCGUUUCGAUGACGGACUCGACGUCACUGCACACCAGUGAGUUCACGCUGCCCAUCCCAGUUCAGAUGAACGCUGUGGUGCAGGCCGUUCAGAAGGAGUGCAACGUUGCUCAAAUCUACGAGAUCAACAACAUGAAUGGCGUGGUGGGCAAGUGCAAGUUCGCAGGUCGUUUCCGCAGUGGCGAGGCCAGUGCCGAACACGUCCUGAUCGGGUUGGAAGUGCAGCUUCAGAGUGGUAAAGGACGUCUUCUCAUUGUCAUGCGGGACUCCGUGCUGGCCCAGCGACUCAGUUCGAGCAUCAAGAAAGCUCUACCGCUUCAAGUCGCGUAAAAAUUGCAGUGAAAGUCCUGAUAUGACGAAAGUUAUACUAUCAUAGCAGAGAAGGGAAUGCAGGACAAUUCGGUGCGUGUUUUAUCAUGUUGUGGUGUGUUUUGACGACAGGUAUCAGUCCAGGAACAUCAUGGCUGAGAUGAUAAUGUUGAUCACCGCUGUGGUGCCAAACAACGCAGCAAGGAACGAUCCGAGUCCUUUGAUCUGAUCGAACUCGAUGCCUGCUGUGAUCUCCAGUACGAUGGACGUGUAGUCGACGACAAUUUCGACCACGACUUGCAAGAGGAGCUUGUACAGCUGACUCAUCUUUCGCGCUGCCACCUCCGACUCGGACAUUGAAGCAUCUAGCGGUCUCAGUAGGGAAUAGUGUGGGUGGUUGCUGUAGAAGAAGAGAAUGGACGCUGAACAGCCGAUAGCGAUGUACUCGGCAUACAUAUCUGCAUUGAGCUCCGCUGUGUGGUACGCUUGGCGUUGGUGUCUCCAGAGUUCGAAGCCAAUCUGCUUAGUAACAACCGAGGAGCAUCGCCGAUCAGUGACAGAUUGUUGAAUUGAGGCACGUGAAGCGCGUCCGGGGCUUUGAACUUGGACUGGUGGCUUGGUGUAUUCGCGAACGUAGCCUUGUCGACGACGGAUGCUGUAGGUUACGACAAAUGCUUUGCCUACACGAACAAAUAUCUCAAGAAUCGCCAUCCCAAAGAUUCCUGCUGCAGCUAAAUCAGUGUCUUGCAUGCCUAGUAGGACGAUCCUCGCCUGAGUAUCGAUCAACACAGUGGGGACUGCAACCAGGAUGCACAUUACGCGAAUGCUUCGAAUGCGUUUCUUGAUGACCAAAUGUUUCGCACUCUCCUGCAAGACCAACUUGGCCAAUGUGCUGAGUGUCAUAAAGCACGCUACGACAAUGGAACUCUGCUCUGCUAUUCUCAUCUGACUCAGGAGCUGCACGUAGCCUCCAGCUAGAAACACUGGUAAGCACGAGAUGGCGCUGUUGACAUACCCUCGCCAGAAACUUGGCGAGAUGUACAUGGGUACAAUAUCUGAUGGCAUUGGAGAGACUCUGGAAUUCAUGAGAAACCCAAUCGCGAUGACUGGAG